AUUGACCUCUUAAUCCAGCUCUCCCGGGGUCUCCAUCUUCGCAACCUCAACCAUGCAGAAGCGUGCCGUCAACCGGGUCACCAAACCGAACACCUUCCGCCGACCCAACCGCAGGCUCGACGAGGACCAACUGGCCGCCCACUUCGAGGGCUCCGAAGAGGAAAACGCCCUUUAUCGCGCCGCCGCCGCGGUCGCGAACGCAGAGGGCCAGGAUGUCGUCGACACAGGCGAGGCCGUGAUGGACGAGGACGAGGUGGGCAAUGCAUUCAAGAACGACCAGGCGCAGCACGACGAUGUCAACCUGCAGGGCGGCGAAGGCGACGGCGACGUCCUCCACCACCAGCAACAACAACAUCAUCAUCAUCAUCAACAAGGCGACGCGCUGGACCACGAGAUGCCCAUGGCGCCCAUGAGCGCAGAGCCACACCACCAGCAGGCGCACCACGUCGGCCACCAGAACCUCGACGACAUCCUCAGCCACGCAAGCAUGACCUACGCGCAGGCCGCCGCCGCCGCCGCCGACCUGCAACCCCCGCCGCCGCCGCAACCCAACGUCGGCAGCGCCGCCACGAUAUCCGCGCCGCAGCCCCUCGUCGCCGCGACCGACUUCCAGCCCACGCCCUCGACAAGCCACAACAACACGACGCAGACCUCCUCGGGGGGCGGGGCCCAGCAACAGCAGCAGCAGCAGCAGCAGCAACAACAAGAACAGCAGGACCCGCCCCAGCCGCCGCCCAAGACCACGGAGCAGAUGGCCGAGGAGUCCGGGUACGCGGGGUUCAAGGUCGACAGUGCGUUCGCCAAGCGCAUGUCGCGCGACCCCGGCCAGCGCCUGGCCGAGCAGCGGCGGCAGGGCCAGGACCUCAACCUCGUGCGCCGCAGCAACGUCGAGGCCCUCUUUGCCCAGAUCGCCGGGUCCGAGGCCGCCAACCCCUGUGCCCACUGCCGCAAGGGCCAAGGCCCCUGGACCGUGUGCGUCGUCUACAGCGGCCAGAUGAUGGGGAGCUGCGCAAACUGCUGGUUCAACGCCUCCGGCUCGAGGUGUUCCUUUCAUGAGAAGUCACAACCUCCCCUCCCGGGCGCGCACCACCCCUACGCCACACUCCCAGUAGCGAUGCCCGUCCUCGGCCAGGAGCAAGCAAUAGGCGUGGGGCCGGGCGGGGUGGUGGGACCCGGCGGCGGCGGCGGCGGCGCACCAGCCGGCGGGCAGCAGCACAUGGUGGGCUCCCCGGCGCAGUUGCAGGCCGCGCAGCUGUGGCAGGCGCCCGCGGCGGUCUUCUCGCACGACAGCGGCGUCAAGCACACGGUGCAGAACGCGCUCGUGCAGGUGCGCCAGGCGGACCGGUACACGCGGGCGCUGAUCGAGGUCGAGGUCGCGGCCAAGCAGCUCGCGCUCAAGAUCGUGCACGCCGAGGAGCUGGCCGCCAGCCUGGGCGUGGGCGUGGGCGCCGAGGGCGACGAGGAGGACCACCACCACCAGCAGCAGCAGCAGCAUGACCAGCAGCAUGCCGUUGACGAGGACGAGGAGGCGCGUCACGGCGGGAGCGGGUAUGAGUCGCCCGCGCCGGGCGGGAACGGCAUGCCCGAGGACGGGGAGCCGUAGCUGCCCGGAUAAGCUCCUCCGGGCCGGGACAUCACGCUCCCCUUCAUAGGUGCAUAUUCUGGCUUCGAGCUAUAUAUUCUCUGAGGGGUAUCCCCAGCAGCAGAGAGUUUCUCCGUGUGACGAGAUUUCUUCGUGUGACGAGAGGUGACUUGGCCAGCAGGCAGGAUACUUAGGUAGGCAGGCCAUGAGUUGGCUAGUUGGUCCUCAUUAGAAGAGACACCAAGAACAGAAUUCAAAUCAUGAUACCUACUACGCACGCGAGCAGAAACAACCUAGUGCCCUUGGGCUGGCAAGGCUGUCCGUCACAUUCCAGGCAAGCUGUAUGUCGUAUGCAAGUAAUAAUACAGACAGACAAACCAGGCGCGGGCCAAGAACCCGCCACAACAUGAAACAGCGAAACAACGCAUGGCAUGAACACAGCACGCAACACACUCACGUCAGCUGAUCUGCUGGCCCUUCCCAUUCCUGCCAAACCCCCCUCCCCCCCCGGGAAUCCAUCCCAUCUUUGGGAGUGGAGAUCGCCAGCGCCAGUGUCGCACGAGCACAAACAGUAUCAGCCCCACGCGGGCCCAUGGCCUGCCGAAAGGAGGGUUAGAAUAUUCCUCAGCCUUUCACCUGUUUUCCUCUCUCCCCUCUUUUUCUCCCCCUUCUGGGCCAAGUGCCCUUUUCCCCGGGGUCGCAGGUUGUUGGGUUGAGGGCUGGCAGGCGGCGGGGCGAGAAGAAGAAGAGACGACACAAGUCACACAGACACAGCCACCACCAUCACCGACCCGCUUCGUUUGUGGUCGUGUUCAGACGAGCGGGCGGCCGGUUGCGCCUUGGGGACUGGCAUGUGCAAUCUGAAGUAUGUUGCCCUAGGUGAAGCCUCACGCAAAGAAAACAAAACAACAGACUUGGGCCCGUCUCCCCCAGGUGGUAACUCUCAAACACAUCUAAAUCACGCGGUUUGUCGCCUAGUGAGAAAAUGAAAUCCCCGACUGAUUGGUUUGGCAGCGGGAACCAGAACGGGUAACGAGGAAGUAAAAAAAACAAAAAGAGAGAGAGCCAAGAUCAUCACCCGUGAUCACCGGCGUGACAGCGGCAGCAACUCGAACCCGACAUGACAGUGACCAUGACAAUGACAUAUAUGCCCAGGCACGCCGUGAUAAUAACGUCAAAAUGGAACCCCUCCCAGCCUGGAACACAACAAAAAAAAGGUGGUGCGCCGCAACCGCACGCAGCGCGCCGCAAUGAUCGUCCACUCGCAUGCUGCCGCACACACACACACACACACACACAUAUACCCCAGACCAAUUGAAUAUAACGCAUGUGCGCGUGUGAGUGUGUAACUACAGAAUGAACGCAUACCAGCCCAGCAAUGCAGAGAACCCCCCUCCCCCCCAACACCAAACCAACCAGGGAUGAUACCUGCACCCCGGCGGCGAGCUGCGACCGGCCGCACGCCAACAUGGGAGGGGAGGCACCUGGUCCGAAGUUUCAGUGCGGCCGUAGGCCGCUCGGGGCCAGUCACACGUCCUCGGGCGGGCGGGCGGGCGCCCUGUAUACUUAGAUUUUAACGCAUGCAUUCUGUGCAUGCAUGUUCGGGCGUGCGUGCAUCUCUCUCUCUCUCUCUGUGUGUGUGUGUGUGUGAGUCGGCGCGCAAAGUUCAGAUCCAGAGGGACAGCCGCAAAAAGGCUAUCCUGCCUUGCCUGGCCUUGCCCCCCACCAGAUCUUGCAUAGUUGGGGCUGCUGGUCGCAUGUAGAAUGCGGGACUGACUCUGGCAAACUCUCCUGCGCAAGGCCGGAUCAAUCAGCUUGUGAGAGGAGUGCUGGUUGAUAAGUGUGGUGGUCAGCGCCAGCCGGCAAUUGAUGGGGCCAGCGAGAGGGAACCAUAGAAUAGGUAAAGGGUAUUGUAAAAUAU